AUGGGAAAUACGACCGAAUAUAAGAGCGCUUUUUGGGCAGCCAAUACCGCCUUUCCGACCAAUUCGAAUUUGGGGUCGGUAAUGGCACGGUAUGGGCAUUGUUGCCGCCAUCAAACGGAACUCGCGUCGAAAAGAAGAACCGUCUAUGACAAAUGGAGGCCAAUGCAUCCGAAUGCCCGCGUAUGGCUUGGGUGCGUACAUCAUUCGAGUUACAGGUACAUACUUCAUAGCGACCAUCAGCGACAACUAGCAUGUAUCGGCUGGACCACUGCAGCGAAAGCAAACCGAUUUGCUUCCAACGGGCUGUUGGGUGGUAUCCCGCGGCUGUUCCCUUCCCUGUGGAUGCCACUAGCACUCGGCAAACGAAGCAGGCUCGACAGCUAG